AAAGGGUCCCUUCCCUCUCGUACGUAUUAUCCUCCCUCCCGACAAACUUUUCGUCACAAGUCUCCCUCUCUGCGUCGGUCGUGAAGAGUCUUUGAUUCUUGGCCGGCCCUCUUUGCCGUUCAUCUCCCUGAAUCCCAAUACAGCUAUCCGCCAAUUCGCUCUUCGACGAAUUCCCCAGAUCGGGAGCCACUGAUAUCUCUAUAUAUUCCGAUCGUUCUGAUUCGCGACCUCCACGAUUGCACACCCCAUUCCGUUCGCUUUGAUCUGACAGUCCUGAACAAGGGGAGAGAGACCAGUCAGUCGGAGAACUUGUGUUGAAGACGGUUCAAGGAUCAGAGAAUCGAGAUGGAGGGGACCGUGUUCACUCCCUCAUUGGAAGGAAUGAAGCAUGUCAAGUCAGAGAACGGAGAAAUUCUUACGAAGCCUUUCCUUGACGUGUGCAAGAACAUCCUGCCGGUUUUAGAUAAGUUUGGAGCCGCCAUGGCUAUUGUCAAGUCUGAUAUAGGGGGUAACAUAACGAGGCUGGAAACUAAAUAUAAUUCUGAUCCAUCGAAGUAUGAAUAUUUAUACAGUAUGGUACAAGUUGAAGUUGAAUCUAAGACAGCAACAGGCUCUUCGAGCUGUAGCAAUGGGCUUCUAUGGUUAACAAGAGCAAUGGACUUCCUGGUGGAACUAUUCCGGAAUUUGCUAGAGUAUGCAGACUGGACAAUGUCGCAAGUCUGCACUGAUUCCUACAGCAAGACCUUAAAAAAAUGGCAUGGUUGGCUUGCCAGUUCUACUGUCUCGAUUGCUAUGAAACUUGCUCCCGAUAGAAAGAAAUUCAUGGAGGUUAUUGGAGGAUCGGGUGAGAUCAAUGCUGACAUGGAGAAAUUCUGCAUAACAUUUGCGCCUUUUCUAGCAGAGAACCACAAAUUCCUAGUUAGCGUUGGUCUCGAUGAUAUGAAGGCUUCAUGAUGAUGUGAGGACUAAGCUAGCUUGCUUUCUUAUCGCGAUACUCUACCAUCACUACAAUGGAAACAGUUUCAUCCUUUCAAUAUCAUAUCGGCAUUACUGCAUGUAGCUAUUUGUUAUGUGCUACAUGUUAUUAUUAGCAUUGUUCGGGUGUGCCGCCUAUAUCAAAUUUGAAAUCUGGAGACCAGAAUGUACCAGGCGAGUAUUAGAUCUCAUGUUCUUGGAUUGUGUAUUAUGCAAAUCGAUCAUUUGUACCAAGUAUAUGGAGCUAUCAAGGUGAUUGACUUGUUUAA